AUGGCAAGAGAUAUUUAUGGAUUUGGCUGGCAUCAAAACAGUGCAAUGAAGUAUGGAUGUGCAAAAAGUGUAAGAGUGUCCCGAAGGUUUGAAUACAAUCCAGAGUGGUUCCACAGUAUCAAUAUUGUGCGUAAAACGCUACUGAUACAUGCCUCUAAUGUGCGUAACAAGGCCGCAAAUAUAUCAAUGAAAUUCACACCAAAAAAUUUAUUAAUAACUGGUGGUGUUGGAUUUAUCGGUUCAAAUUUUAUCAACUACGUUUACAAUAAAUGGCCUUCAUGCCGAAUAAUAAACAUCGAUAAAGAUGAUGACAAAUUUGGUUAUAGUUUUGAUGAAGAAAGAUAUGUUUUUAUCAAAAAUGAUAUUCAAAAUAUAAAAAUUCUUACCCAUAUUCUUCAUUUAUAUCAGAUAGAUGCAGUAAUUCAUUUUGCUGCAAUAACCCAUGUCGAUGAAUCCUAUGCCAAUCGAAUUGGUACAAUAACCGAAAAUAUUGUUUCAACAUCGCAAUUAUUGGAAGCUGUCACUAUUCAUUAUAAUGGAAUUGAGCGUUUUGUACAUAUAAGUACAGAUGAAGUAUAUGGCGAUUCACAAGAAAAUGAGGAUCGAAAAGAUGAAAAGUCCAAUUUAAACCCAACAAAUCCAUAUGCAGCAAGUAAAGCAUCGUGUGAGCUUAUAUUGCAAGCAUAUUCGCAUUCAUAUAAAUUGCCAUUUGUAAUGGUACGAAUGAAUAAUGUAUAUGGUCCUCGACAACAAUUAUCAAAACUUAUUCCGAAAUUUAUCAAUAUAGCUAUGAAAAAUGGUGAAUAUCCGUUAAUGGGCGAUGGUCUACAUUCUAGAAGUUGGAUGUUUGUAGACGACUGUUGUGAAGGUAUAAAACGAGUAAUGGAAUCUGGUCGAUUGGGUGAAAUUUACAAUUUAGGUACCGAUUUUGAAAUAUCGAAUUAUGAUGUAACAAUUCAAAUACAUCAGUUAGUAUCCAAAUUACUUAAUAGGGAUUCGACGAGCGCGAAUUUCUGCUUUAUCGCAGAUCGCCCAUACCAUGAUCGACGAUAUUUAAUUAAUUUCAAUAAAGUCGAAACCGAAAUGAACUGGAAAUGCACUACUGAUUUUAGAGAUGGCCUCUACAAAACUAUUCAGUAUUAUAUAAAUGAUUACGAAAGAAUAGAGAAAUUUGCUAAAUUAAAGCAAGGCUAA